UCCAGUUCUCGGUCGCUGCUGCGUUGACUCUCUUUUUUUUCCCCCGUCCGUCUUGGUGUGACAACGUCGGGUCUCUUCGGGCGUCCUGGGUGGGCCCUAAAUUGCACCCCCACAAGAAAAGGAAGGCGUCUUAAAGACCCCCGAAUGCUUCUAAGGCUAAGAUGAGACCUCAAGGCGAUAGGUUUGAGCCCAUGACCUGAAUCAACCCCCCAAUUUUUUUUCCUCUUCCCUUUGCCAAUACCCUUCCUCAUCCCUUCCCAUCUCUCUGAGAUUAUUUAACCAAGAUGAACCAAUCGCCGGCAUAUUCAGGGGUCAGGAUUUCCGGCUUUAGGGCUUUGGGAGCUGACGGUGGCGGCAACCACAGUGCAGAUACCUUGGAACGCCUGCUGCCCGCAAUCGUCGGAACCAAAUCCCCCCGGAAACGUACCACCAGCCAAUCCAAAUCGGAGCCUCCCCUUCUACGAACCAGUAAAAGGACCAUCUACACCGCAGGCCGGCCCCCCUGGUACAACGAACAUGGCACACAGUCCAAAGAGGCAUUUGUUAUCGGUCUGGGUGGGGGCAGCGCUUCCGGGAAGACCACAGUGGCCAGGAUGAUCAUCGAGGCAUUGGACGUGCCGUGGGUGGUCUUGCUGUCCAUGGACUCCUUUUAUAAGAUUCUGACCAAAGAGCAGCAGGAACUGGCCGCCAGCAACGAUUUCAACUUUGACCAUCCGGAUGCUUUUGAUUUCGACCUGAUGAUCGCCACGCUCAAGAAGCUCAAGCAAGGGAAGAGCGUCAAGAUCCCCGUUUAUGACUUCACCAGCCACAGCCGCAAGAAGGAAUGGAAAAUGCUUUAUGGAGCCAACGUGAUUAUAUUCGAAGGUAUUAUGGCAUUUGCUGAUAAGGACCUCCUGAAACUUCUGGAUAUGAAAAUAUUUGUGGACACUGAUUCGGAUAUCCGUCUGGUUCGACGUCUGCGCAGGGACAUCAGUGAGCGAGGCCGAGAGAUUGACGGGGUCAUCAAGCAAUACAACAAGUUUGUCAAGCCGGCCUUUGACCAGUAUAUCCAGCCCACCAUGCGACUAGCUGACAUUGUGGUCCCGCGAGGUAGUGGAAAUACCGUUGCUAUCGACUUGAUCGUCCAGCAUGUGCAUAGCCAGCUAGAAGAGCGUGAACUCAGCGUCAGGGCAGCGCUGGCUUCUGCUCAUCAAUGUCACCCCCUUCCCAAGACCCUCAGUGUCCUGAAGAACACCCCGCAGGUCAGGGGGAUGCACACCAUUAUCCGGAACAAGGGGACAAGCCGGGAUGAGUUUAUUUUCUACUCCAAGCGGCUAAUGCGUCUUCUCAUUGAGCAUGCGUUGUCGUUUCUCCCCUUCCAGAGCUGCACAGUGCAAACGCCACAAGGCGAGGACUACGAAGGUUGUACGUAUAGUGGGAAGCAAAUCACGGGGGUCUCCAUUUUGAGGGCCGGAGAGACCAUGGAGCCAGCCCUGAGGGCUGUUUGCAAGGAUGUCCGGAUCGGCACCAUCCUGAUUCAGACGAAUCGAUACACGGGGGAGCCUGAGGUAAAGUGCUCAAAACGGGAGAAGACGAGGAAGCCCCCAGAAUGA